AUGUACAAGCAGCUGCAAGGUCAAGAAGAUCCGACCGGAUAUGCACGCAGGGCAGGAAGGUCCCCAAGGGCCGCAUCCACGGAUGCCAAGCAGUACGAGAACUCUACAAUCGAAGGCGAAUCGGAUAUACCGAACUCGAAGCCUCCUACCUACGAGCUGGUCAACGACAAAGCAUACCACGAUGACGACUUUCUCAUGCUGGCAAGAACGCCGGAGCCUAGCUGUCCCGUCCCUACGAAGAAGCGCUUCUUUACAGGAUGGCGCAUGGGUGCGCUCGCAUCGGCUAUCUGCGCCAUCUUGGUGUUCAGCAUGAACCUCGCGCUCACAAUCUGGGUCUGGAAGAACCCCGAUUACGAGCACGCAAAUGGCGCAGCUGCUCUACUGUUAGAGAAGUGA